AUGCAGCCUUUGGGUCCGUCGUUGGCGGGCAAUAUAAUGCCCUCGUUGAACCUCGCCGCCUGUUGGUUGAUCCCCCAGUGGGUGCCAAUUCUGCGGACCCGAUUCCUUCGCUUCCCUUCACGACUAUCCCGCAGCCGCCCGUGGCCAAAAUCUCGAGAUUGUUGCAAGAUAAGGAGUACCGCUCCGCGCAACCAGUUUCUGAGCAUACCAGACGACUGGUUUCGCAUCGAUCCCAGUUUGCUAGACCCUGCGUUGCUUACAGCUGAGAUGAUCACGCCCAACCUCGGUGGUCAAAAUGUUCUGCAGCUCCAAGCGUUGUUCGCCGCGGGGUUCGCCGUCUACCCCGGCGCCCCGCCUGCUCCUGGAUUCAUGUGGAACAAUAACACGGCUGAGCCAUCUCAAGACUCCAACGACAGCGGCCAAGACACCUCUCGCCAAGUCGUAUUCCCAGCCAUUGCUCCCGCGUACUGGGCGUAG